UAGACUACAGCACCGAGCAGACGCCAUUUUGGCUGCGGGAGCGGGCCAGGCGGAGGACAUGGCUUCGGCGCGGUUCCCCAGGAGGACGCUGUGCUCUGCGGCGGAGCGAGCGGCCGCUCCGGGCUGGAGGAGCCGCUGGGACCGGCUGAAGAACACCAAAGCCGGAGUGUGGUGUCGCAGCCUGCUGUCGGACUACCGGGACGCCUGCCGGGACGUGGUGCAGGACGCCUGGGCCCGCCCCCUCCGGGCGUCCCUGAUGGCGUCCCUGGUGGGGGGGGGCUGGCUCUGUGUCCAGCUCAAGCCGGACUACCCGUCCUUCGAGGCCCGCCUGCUGGAGCACUCCACCCGGCUGGGCCUGCUGUCCCCGUGGACGCGCAGCGCCGCGUCCGACGGCCACGUCCAGAGCGUGGCCAAGCUGCGGAACGAGGGCCGGCUGCGGUACGCCGGCCUGGGGCUGCUGUCCGUGGUCUACCGGGCCGACUACGACGGCGCCGCCGCCCUGUACGAGGCGCGCUGCUCCAGCCUGGCGGCGCCGUGGCGGGAGCUGCCCGCCCGGCUGCUGGACGUGGGCUUCGCCGGACGCUGGUGGGUCCUGGACUCCAAGAUGAAGGACUACGACGUCAACGAGGACGAGUUCACACAUCUGCCGCCUCACAUGCGGCUGACGGCGGUGCCCGGCGUCCAGCAGGUGGACGAGAACGAGAGGCUGCACCGGGAGUCCUGGACGCCGCCGUCUGUGGACACCACUGACUCUGACAGUGAGGAGGGACAGAGGGAGGACAGACAGUGAGGGGGACAGCCUGCUCCUGCUGUUGUCUUGAUUUCGCUGUGACUUUUCUGGGUCAAUAAACAUCUUCAGAAGUGUCAUCCGAGCCUCA